UGUUCGCCGUUUGGGAACUGUGGUAAACUCUAUAAAAAUUGUAAUUUGGAAAACAUUCUUAAUUUAGUGAAAAAAGAACCUCAAGUGUAUGUAUGUGAUUUAUACAUAAAAGGUUGUAUUGAAUUUUGUGUAUUUUAUUGCCCACCUUCAUUUAAACAUGAAUGGAGAACAGUCUCAAAAACGAAAACUUACCGAUGAAAACGGAUCAGAUGCAUCAGAGCCAACAGUGAAAUCAUCUAAAGUGCAUAUUCAGUGUCCAUACCUAGACACAAUUAAUAGGCAUGUGCUAGACUUUGAUUUUGAAAAAUUGUGUUCUGUUUCUCUUACAAGAAUAAAUGUGUAUGCUUGCUUAGUAUGUGGGAAAUACUUUCAGGGAAGAGGUACCAACACUCACGCAUACACUCAUUCUGUGGCAGAGGGACAUCAUGUAUUCUUAAAUCUACACACUCUUAAAUUUUACUGCUUACCAGAUAAUUAUGAGGUUAUAGAUUCAUCUUUGAAUGACAUUAAAUAUGUCCUGAAUCCAAUUUUUACACCAGAUCAAAUAAAGCAAUUGGAUUUCAACACCAAAAUGUCCCGUGCCAUUGAUGGUACAAUGUAUAUGCCGGGAAUAGUUGGUCUUAAUAAUAUUAAAGCGAAUGAUUAUUGCAAUGUUAUCUUACAGUGUUUAGCACAAGUAAGACCACUACGAAAUUACUUUUUACGUGAAGAAAAUUACGCUGAAGUGAAACGGCCGCCAGGAGAUUCGUCUUUCUUAUUGGUGCAGAGAUUCGGCGAGUUGAUCAGGAAGCUGUGGAAUCCACGAGCAUUUAAAGCCCAUGUGUCACCACAUGAAAUGUUGCAAGCUGUGGUAUUAUGGUCCAAGAAAAGAUUUCAGUUUAUAAAACAAAGUGAUCCAAUUGAUUUUAUGUCAUGGUUCUUGAAUUCAUUGCAUAUAGCGUUAAACGGGACCAAGAAACCAAAUAGUUCAAUUAUAUACAAAUCAUUCUUAGGGCAUAUGAGGAUUUAUACAAGAAAACUGCCGCCACCAGACGCCGAUGAUGCAGCCAAAGUGGAUCUUAGCAGUGAAGAAUACAGUGAAAUGAUAACUGAGUCACCAUUCCUGUAUCUAACAUGCGACUUGCCUCCAACACCACUUUUCACAGAUGAGUUUAGGGAGAAUAUUAUUCCACAGGUCAACUUAUAUCAAUUACUUUCAAAAUUCAACGGUCAAUCUUCAAAGGAGUACAAGACAUACAAAGAGAACUUCCUAAAGAGAUUUGAAAUAACCCAAUUGCCACCUUACCUUAUAUUGUAUAUCAAGAGAUUCACGAAAAAUACUUUCUUUGUAGAGAAGAAUCCGACUGUGGUUAACUUUCCUGUCAAAAAUGUUGAUUUUGGUGAUAUACUAACACCUGAAGUUAAAGCGAAAUAUCAUGGUAAAACAACAUACGAGCUUGUGGGAAAUAUAGUUCACGAUGGAACACCAGAAAAGGGGACAUACAGAGCGCAUGUGUUGCACAAACCUACGCAACAAUGGUAUGAAAUGCAAGACUUGCAUGUGACCAGUAUUUUACCACAAAUGAUAACCCUCACUGAGGCUUACAUACAAAUAUAUGAAUUAAAAAAUGAUUAGCUAAUAAAAAUAAAACACAA